AUGCACUACCUAAAACUUCGUCGUCAGAACAAAGAACUUGAUAGCAUGGAGACGGAAUUUGAUGUUAACCGUAAUGUACUCGGAUCUACAAUGCGGCGGCUUGGUUUAAUUAACAAAUCAGGCGGUUGCAGCUUUAUGUGUUAUUUAAUUUCGUUUGCUUUUGGGGUGUUUGUUGUUAUUUAUUAUUUGUCACGGCAAUAA